GGACUUAGCUGGGGCCUCGUGAUCCCGUGGCACGUGGCAGGAAUCCUCUUCGUCGGGGUCACGGUGGCGGCCGAGAAUCCACAAUGGUUUUCUGCACUGAGUAUGUUCUCCCAAGUCUUCUUCUGUGGAAUCUGUGAGGUUCAGAUGAUCGCAUUUCGGCGCUGCGAGAAGGGCUGCCGGCGGCGACUUCUGAUGAGUGCCGGAUAUGUCAUCAUUACGAUCUUCUCGGUCGCGCUGUGCUGGGCUGCCUAUGCCGGCUUCCUCGUCCUACCCCACUCGGCGGACUUCGUUCUCGGGGAUUUGAUUCCAAGCGCAUUGAUCGGUUUGGGAUUCUUCCCGGAGUUCUACGAGUUCAUCUCUAGUAUGUCCAUUGAGGGCUAUUCCUUCGGUGUCACGGCUCUGGAUGUCAUUGGCUCGGCAGCGAACUCGCUGCUCUACUUCGUCAGA